GUUUCAAUUGCAGAACCACCCUGCUGUCUGAUUAUUACUGUUUCCUAUCUCAACUAUGAUCAGUAUCAUACACAAACAAGGAUAUUUUGCAAAUCCACUUCCAACGAAUUUGUUUACAAACCGUUUCAUAGUGACUUUACUCGCAGUGUUAGAUAGUUAUAUUUUUCAAUUGUUUCAGAAAAUGAUUUCAUUCCAAACUCCCAGUGCACCCACGAAGAAAACAAUAAUUGUUCAGGAAGUAAAUGUGAAAUUUAAAGCCAAGGCCAAAGGAUGCACGGCACACGAGGCUCUGGCUCCCAUUAUAUUAGUUGGCCAACUAUUUUCGCUUAUGCCCAUUAGUGGCUACUUUCGGACACCCAUAUCAAAGUUAAAGUUUACGCUAAAGAGCGUACAUUUUGCGUACGGGUGUUUUACUGUAUUUAUCAUGGGUGCAAUAAUGUCCAUGUUCUUCGCAUUCCGCAUUCAACGAGGGACUUUCGGAAUUGGAGCAACUACAACCUGUAUUUACUACGCCGUGAUAAUCACGGCUAUGAUAGAAUUCAUUAUUCUGGCGCGCAAUUGGCCUUUGAUCAUGCAACGUUGGACAGCUGACGAGGAUGUUUUCUUAUCCAACCCUUACGAAACAGGACAGUACCUUCCGCUGGAAUCACUUGUGAAACGUGUGGCAUUUACGAUAAUUUUCUUCGCAUUCGUCGAAGAUACGAUAAAUUUUAUUUCCGCCUAUUUAUUAAAUGUCGUGCACAUGAAAUACUGCACGCAUGCCACCGAUUUUUGGCGAAAUUUCUUUCGUCGAGAGCAUGCCUACAUUGUGCGGUUUAUACCGUAUCACCCGGCCCUUGGGGUGGCGAUUGAGGUUGUGAUGCGAGUAGCUAAGUUCACAUGGCACUACAUAGAUGUGUUCAUCAUUUGCGUGUCUCUGGUACUGCAGCGGCGCUUUCAACAGUAUAAUGAUAGGAUACGGACUUUCAAUGGAAACCAACAGCCGGAGGAAGUGUGGCGAACUUUGAGACUUGAUUUCCUGCGACUAAGUGAGCUGGUGACGUACCUCGAUACGAAGCUAUCCAGAAUUAUAUUACUGUCGUGUGCGAGUGACAUGUUCUUCAUAUCAGUGCAACUGUAUAACAUUUUUGACCCCAAACAAACCACUGUCACGACGUUCUACUAUUGGUACUCAUUACUGUUUCUCAUUUGCCGGUGCUUCGUCAUGCUGUACGUAACAUCAUCCAUCUACGAAGCGUCAUUGAAACCGUUGGAAUUGUUACGUGACUUUGCCACCUCAAGCUGGAACCUGGAUAUACAACGACUACUGGAUCAUGCGUCUCUGAAGAGCAUUGCCUUUUCCGGAAAACGGUUUUUCUUCAUCACACGACCUUUGAUUCUUGCCAUGGCUGGAACUAUCAUCACAUACGAACUCGUCCUGCUAGAUCAAGUGGCAAAGGAGCAAGAUACAACAAGGGAUUGCGAUUUUUAAAUUUUAUUCGUGCAAACUGGUUUACGCUGUACAUAAUUGUGAAUAUUGCAUUUUCAAAUAAUACUUUCAGUUUUCAAUCAAUACUUCGUAGUUCUUAAUAGCUACUUCGCUGCCUCCGAAUGGUAUGUACAAGGUCUGA